AUGUAUGGUACAUUGUUUUUGCUGUUCUGGCUGGCAUUCGUUCCUGUUGACGCGGUCAAGCCGUACUUGUUCAAGAAAUGUAGCGAGUCCGGAUUUUGCUCCAGAAACAGACAUUUUGCCGAAGAGAUCGCCAAACAAGGCGAUGAGUACCAGUCUCGGUACUCUGUCGAUCUUGAGUCGCUGAAAAUUGAUCACGACGGCGGCCAUCUCCACGCUACGUUGCUCAAAAUGCUCAAUGAUGGUACGUUUGUCCCCCUUGACCUCCACUUGACCACCCUCCAGGACGCCAAUCUGCGUGUCCAGGUGGACGAGGUCCAUAGAUCCCCACCGGUGACCCACGUCAAUCCGAAAAGAUACAACGAGGCGUGGAAAUACGCUCUGCAAAGCGAGCCUAAGGCACGCGAGUUCACUCACUCGGUCGAUUCAGAAAAGAUCACCCUCAAUUACAACGACUACGUCACCGAGAUCCAGCUGCAUCCGUUCAAAAUCACUUUAUUGCGCAACAACCAAGCCCAGCUCGUUUUGAACGAACGCAAUUUCUUCAAUUUAGAGCAUUACAGAACAAGAGAGGAACAGUCCAGGGAGAAUUCAAUCCACAUCGCACCUGAAGAGUCUACUUUUGAUUCGUACACCGAUAGUUUCAAAGACUCAAGGGACGACAAGCUUCCAUUUGGGCCGGAAUCCGUUGCUCUGGACGUUUCGUUCUUGGGUGCCAAGGCCGUGUACGGUAUCCCAGAACAUGCAGACUCGUUGUCCCUGAAGGAUACCUCGGAAACAGAGCCAUACCGACUGUACAAUGUGGAUAUCUUUGAGUACGAGACCCAGAGCAAAUAUCCAAUGUACGGCUCUAUUCCAUUCAUGAUUGGCGUUGGAGGCGAGUCUAGUGCUGGUGUGUUCUGGAUCACGGGAUCAGACACCAACGUGGACAUUAAGAAAUCGGACUCGCAGGUCCAGACACACUGGAUUUCUGAAAGCGGUAUCCUCGACAUUAUUCUCAUCACAGAAGAUACUCCAGGCCAGGUUUUGCAAUCUUAUGGAAAACUCAGUGGAAACUCAGUGCUACCAAACCUGUUUUCGCUUGGAUACCACCAGUCGCGUUGGAACUACAACGACGAGGAAGAUGUGCUGGGUGUCACUGCAAAGUUCGACGAAUCGUUGAUUCCAUUCGACGCUAUUUGGCUUGACAUUGAGUACACAGACGACAAAAAGUAUUUCACAUGGCAGAAGGAGGCAUUCCCUGAUCCAGAUCGCAUGAUGAGAAAGCUCGACCAGACGGGCCGGACUUUGAUUGUGAUCAUUGACCCGCACUUGAAGGUUGGUUACGAGAUCAGUGACACUGUUAUUCAAAAGAAAAUUGGUAUUCUGAAAUCAGACGGAUCAGACGUUUACCAUGGUCAUUCGUGGCCUGGAGAGUCUGUUUGGAUCGACAGCAUGCACCCAGAUGCCCAGCUGUUCUGGGACGAACAGUUUGUGAACGGUUCGAAUCUUUUGGGACAUUCCACCAACGGACAUCUAUGGAACGACAUGAACGAGCCGUCUGUGUUCAACGGUCCAGAGACAUCUGCUCCACGCGACCUGAUCCAUUAUGGAGACUGGGAACACCGGUCGGUUCACAAUCUAUGGGGAUUGACGUACCAUGAAAUGACUUACGAGUCGUUGAUCAAGAGAAACCCAAAUUUGCGUCCAUUUAUUCUCACCAGAUCGUUCUAUGCCGGAUCUCAGCGUACUUCUGCAAUGUGGACGGGAGAUAACUCUGCCAAGUGGGAGUACUUACGCGAGAGUAUUCCAAUGGUGCUCACUAUGAACACCGUUGGAUUCCCGUUUGCAGGUGCAGACCUGGCUGGAUUCUUUGGAAACCCUGACAAGGAUCUGCAAGUGAGAUGGUACCAGACAGGUUUGUGGUAUCCGUUCUUCCGUGCCCACGCUCAUAUCGACUCUCGGAGACAUGAGCCAUACGUGGCUGGUGAACCAUACACUAGUUACAUGAGAGACGCUAUCAAGCUCAGAUACAAGCUGCUGCCGCUAUAUUACACCCUGUUCCAGAAGAACUCGGUUUCCGGUACUCCUGUUGUCAGUCCAAUGGCCUUUGAGUACCCUUCCGACUCAGAAGUGUUGGAGAUGGAUAACCAAUUCUUUGUUGGUCCACUGUUGGUGAAACCAGUGACUUCUCCAGACACAGAUAAAGUUUCCAUUUACAUUCCAGACGACAAACCAUACUACGACCUGCAAAACUAUACAGUUCUUCAAGGUAAAGGAUAUCAUGAUGUUGAUGCCCCAUUGGACAAGAUCCCGGUGUUUAUUCGUGGGGGUUCCAUAUUGAUCACCAAGGAACGAUACAGAAGAUCUUCAAAACUCAUGAAAAACGAUCCAUACACCUUGUACGUUGCGCCAUCCGAAUCUGCUGCCACGGGGGAACUCUAUUUUGACGACGGUGAGACGUUUGCGUAUCAGGACGGCGAGUUCGUAUUGACAACGUUCGAGUUCACCGGCAACAAAAUCGUUUCUACGGUGAAGAACAGCUACGAUACCAGUAUUAUUAUCGAGAAAAUAGUUGUUCUAAGCGACAAAGAGGUCACAAAGGCCACUGUGGAGCAGGACGGCGAGUCCUGGACCGCCGAGAUCGUUCCACAGGACCAUUCGUUUGUGAUCAGAAACCCUAAACCAUUGGUUGCAAAAAGCUGGACCAUUACCCUGCAUUGA